AUGGUGGCCUCUAUCGGAUAUGAUUCAACCCUGCACAGAGUUCUCGAAAUCCCAGAGAUAAUUGAGCUUGUCUUCGGCUUUCUGGACGAGGAAUCAAACAGGACAAAUGUUUGCGUCUGCAAGAGAUGGUCUGAGAUCGCUCUCGACGUUUUGUGGCGCGAAGUGAGCCAAUUACAUCGCUUACUCCGUCUUCUUUCUCCGUUUAUUACGGAGGAUAGUCCGUAUUUCUAUAUGGCGUUCGCCAAGCCGCUGAGUCCAGACGACUGGAGGAGAUUCACGCGUUAUGCGCGUCGAGUGCGGAAGCUGUCGUUUACAAACGGCAAGACGGUCCAUGUGCUCGGUCAGGCCGUCUUUGACGAGAUAGCGCGUACGCGCACCACACUCAAUAUUCUGCCGAAUCUACAGUCUCUCGAAUGGCGGUCGACUCCCGCGAACGUGCGCGUCUCCCUCAUGUUCAUGCACGAGGGCGUGAAGGAGUUCCGCACCCACCUGUACGAGACCCCCAUAUACUCCAUUGCAGACUUCUUCAAGGACAUCGCAGAGCGCAUGCCUAACUUGACGUGCUUGGACCUGUGCUUCUGCUUCCCAGUGCGCGAGAUCGAGAGCGCGCUCUGCGAGCUUGUGCGCAGUCUGCCGAAAUUGAGCAAGAUCGUCCUCCCACUGUACUGUCACAACUCCCGCGUGGCUGAGGCACUGUCUGCCCUGCAGCACCUGGGGACCAUCCAGUUCGAAUAUCUUUCCGAACAGGGAAAAGGGGACCUCGCAGACGUUCAGCAUUUCGCGCCGAUGCUGGAGCGGGGCGCGUUCCCCUCGCUGUGCGACCUCUCAUUGAGCGCGCAUCUUGCGGAUAUGAACAGGUUCCUCAAGGGCACCUAUGCCCCCACGAAUCUCACGUCGCUCUACAUCCACGCCCUAUCCAUGGUGCCGCCCGCGGUCGUGACCGAGUUCCUGAAGACGAUGGUGGAGAAUUGCAAGCUGCUGACGCACCUGUACCUCGACCUGCAUAUGGCAGCAGACUUGAUCGACAGUGCGACGAGGUCACUGCCCCCAUCGGAGAUGCUGAGCUUCAACGACCUGCGCCCUCUUCUGGCAUGUCCGAAGCUGAUCGCAUUUGAGCUGCAGUGGUACUUGCCGCUGCUGAUCACGCAGGAGGAAAUCGAAGAACUCGCGUCGAAAUGGCCAGACCUCGAGGUGCUCGAGCUCGACUGCGAGCCCAUCCCGAUACCUAUCGCCACCGAACCCCUCACACUCCGCGCUCUCAUCCCCUUCGCAAAACACUGCCCCAAGCUCCGGGAGCUCGGCCUGUUCGUGUCCGCGACAAGCGCAGACCUAGACGCAUUUUCGCACGAGACGAACUCGCCGUUCAUGCAGCCAUUCCGCCAGCUGAAAAAGCUGUGUUUCGGGCUGUCAAGCAUCACGGAGCCGGGGCCGGUCGCCCUCUUCCUGAGCGAGCUCUGUCCGCUUGGGUGCAAAUUGAGCGCAGGCCUUUCGUGGCAGGACGACCUCGAACAGGUGGAGAACACCGCGUUCUCGGAAGAACUCAGUCAACGCGGGCCGGAGUGGUACGACCGCUGGCUGGAGGUCGACCGUGUGCUCCCGCUGCUCACCCGCCUGCGCAUGGAGGAGCGGGAGCGGCGCCGUGUGCUCGAGUGCGAGGUGGAGGACCUGCGCGUGCGCUGCCGCGUCCUCGAGGAGCGAGCCACGCUCCCCAUGUCCGUAGACUCGUCGUGCCUGGUGCUGUGA